AGGUUUGGGUUGGGUAGGGUUUGAGGAAAAUAGGUAAUAAGGUGUUGUUGUUGUUGUUGUACUCUCAAUUCGCAAUUGUUCCUUGUCGUUGUUGUAAUGGAUUCUCUACUAGCAAACUACGCCUCUUCAGAUGAAGAGGAAGAACAGCAACAGCCAACCCCACCCAAAACGACGACGUCGUUUUCCUCUCUUCCUCAACCUAAAUCGUCGCUCUUUCAAUCUCUUCCACAACCAAAAUCGUCGUCUUCUCUCUUUCAAUCUCUUUCUCAACCCAAAUCAUCUUCUUCUUCUCUCUUUCAAUCUCUUUCUCCGCCCAAAAAACCUUCCCUCGCCACUUCCAGCGAAACCGCCAACCCUAAACCUAAACCCCAAAUCCCAGAACCACAACCCAAACGCGUCGUGCAAUUCAGGCCCCCGAUCAUCCCUCUCCCAAACCCUACCCAACUCCUCGACGACGACGACGACGACGAAGAAGAAGAACGAGAGAGAAGAAAGAAAAGGUCACUGUCCUCCACGCAAACCUCCUCGGUGAAAUCCUUCCUUGCCAGUAUUCCGGCGCCAAGGAACGCUACCACUCUCGGUGUUCAAGCGAGUUCCGGCUCUGGUCGGAGAUCCAUCAUCGAAACCGAAUCACCGGCACUGGAAACGGCGUCGAAUUCUGGCGGUACGAGCAGUCUCAGCGUGGAUCAGAGUGGAGGGGAUUAUGAAAAUUAUGAGAAUUACCAAUAUGCCACUGACCAGUAUGCUGGUUAUUACGGCAAUUAUGGAUCGGGUUCCGACCCUGAGGCUGGGGCUGCUGCUUAUGGAACUGAACAGUAUGGGAAUUAUGGUGAGGCCUAUGGGGAUUAUGGACAGUAUGGGAACAAUUGGGGUGAAGUUUCAGCGGCACCGGUGCCGGAAGCUUCUGGGAUUGGUGACAGUGUGGUGAAGAUUCCUGGGAAGAGAGGGAGGCACGAGGUUCCCACGGAAAUUAUAGAGGUGAAGCAAGAUGAGUUGAUUAAGAAUCGGCCGAGAGAGGACCAGGUGAAGCUAACUGGGAUUGCUUUCGGACCAACUUAUCAGCCUGCUUCGACAAAGGGCAAGCCUUCAAAGCUGCAUAAGAGGAAGCAUCAAAUUGGUUCAUUGUUCUUCGAUAUGAAACAAAAUGAAAUGAAACUAGCUGAGCGGCGUGCAAAAGGCAUGCUUACCAAAGCUGAAACUCAAGCAAAAUAUGGCUGGUGAUUUGGGACGAUGAUACUGAAAACACUUCACUUAAAUGGCAGUGGAAAUUUUCAUGUUCCAUUGUAGUACAUCUGUACAUUUGCCCGUUUUUCAAUGCAAAUUGUGUAUUUCUAUCUAUAGACAGUAGAUUUUAUACGGCACACUUUCUUGUGACAAAAAAAUCACAUUUCUUUCUUUAACUUCUUGUAGAGACCAUUUUUAAAAUUGUUAUCUGUCAUUUGUUCUUUUA